AUGGGCUGUGGUUCGUCAAAGCAAAACGUAGUUCGAACCACACAAUCAAAAGAUGCAAACAAGGAUAGCACACCUGCUGCGCAUGGUAGCCAACCUGCAGGACAUGCUGCUGAGCAAUCUCAAUCUGCCGAUAGUGGUAAAUCGCGUCCGCCAGGAGUUCCUGCUAUCAUCGUGAGAGAACCAACAAAUCUGAAUCCAACAGAUCACUCGGUGGGUGGACACAUUGAUAAAAACGAUGUAGCUCUCAAGUCCAAUAUUGAUAAGCAGGAGCCAAUAGCUGAAGUCGAUCAUCAGCAUCAAGAUCCAACAAAUGUCGACAAGCAAAAACACCACGAAUCUGCCAGUCACCACGAUGCUCACAAAAGUGAGCAAAAACUAGCUGGUAGCAAGGAUCAACUCCAUGAUGAGCAUAAACACGAGACUCACGAAUCCACUAGUCACCACGAUGCUCAUAAAAGUGAGCAAAAACUGACCAGUAGCAAGGAUCAACUCCACCACGAUGAGCAUAAACACGAAACUCACGAAUCCAUCAGUCAUCAUGAUGCUCACAAAAGUGAGCAAAAACUAGCUGGUAGCAAGGAUCAACUCCAUGAUGCUCACAAAAGUGAACCAAAACUGGCUGGUAGCAAGGAUCAACUCCACGAUGCUCACAAAAGUGAACCAAAACUGGCUGGUAGCAAGGAUCAACUCCAUGAUGCUCACAAAAGUGAACCAAAACUGGCUGGUAGCAAGGAUCAACUCCAUGAUGCUCACAAAAGUGAACCAAAACUGGCUGGUAGCAAGGAUCAACUCCACCACGAUGAGCAUAAACACGAGACUCACGAAUCCACUAGUCACCACGAUGCUCAUAAAAGUGAGCAAAAACUGACCAGUAGCAAGGAUCAACUCCACCACGAUGAGCAUAAACACGAAACUCACGAAUCCAUCAGUCAUCAUGAUGCUCACAAAAGUGAGCAAAAACUAGCUGGUAGCAAGGAUCAACUCCAUGAUGCUCACAAAAGUGAACCAAAACUGGCUGGUAGCAAGGAUCAACUCCAUGAUGCUCACAAAAGUGAACCAAAACUGGCUGGUAGCAAGGAUCAACUCCACCACGAUGAGCAUAAACACGAGACUCACGAAUCCACCAGUCACCAUGAUGCUCACAAAAGUGAACCAAAACUGGCUGGUAGCAAGGAUCAACUCCACCACGAUGAGCAUAAACACGAGACUCACGAAUCCACUAGUCAUCAUGAUGCUCACAAAAGUGAGCAAAAACUAGCUGGUAGCAAGGAUCAACUCCAUGAUGCUCACAAAAGUGAACCAAAACUGGCUGGUAGCAAGGAUCAACUCCACCACGAUGAGCAUAAACACGAAACUCACGAAUCCAUCAGUCAUCAUGAUGCUCAUAAAAGUGAACCGAAACUAGCUGGUAGCAAGGAUCAACUCCAUGAUGCUCAUAAAAGUGAGCAAAAACUGGCUGGUAGCAAGGAUCAACUCCAUGAUGAUGAGCAUAAGCACGAGACUCACGAAUCCACCAGUCACCACGAUGCUCAUAAAAGUGAGCAAAAACUGACCAGUAGCAAAACUAAUUUAAGUAAAAGUGACAAUAAGCUGAAUGGAAGCAAAGCAAAUCUAGGAAAAGACAAGCAUAAAUUAGCCAGCAGUAAAAAUAAUUUGAAUCAUAAUGAGAGCAAGACUAAACACACUUCCAAAAGUGAACAUCAACUAGUUGGCGAUCAUGACGAACAUCAGUCUGCUGAAAACAAAAAAGAUUCGACUUCCACUCACGAGGUUUAUUCAAAAGGCUCACAAGAGCGAUUGCAUAGCAAAAAAAGUUUGUUUUCCAGUGCGUCCAAAUCUACUUCAAGCAAAGUAAAUUUGUCAAAAAGUCAGCCUAGAACUGGAGAAAGUAAUUCCAAUCUACACGAACGUGCUAGUGGUGAUGUUCAUCCAAGUAGACAUAGUAUAGCUGCUGUUCGUGCAUCAGUAGAAAAGAUCUAAGCUUGAUAAAAACGCAAACUUGUUAUUUCUUGAAGUCUACUAAUCUUGAGCACUUUUGAAAUCCUUGUAUUGAUAUACUAGAUUAUUGCUACAUGGUUUUUACUGGAUAAAUGAGUGUGAUCUACUUCAUCUCAUACUUUCUCCAGUUAAUCAUGUAUUCGUUAUACUCUUCCAGCAAUCAAUUACUGUGUUUUGCACUUUGCUUUGUGUUAAUUCUAAAACAAUGCUCAUCCUUUGAUGGCAUACAGUUUAAUGACUUGCAACGUUUUUACCUCAUUUAGCUAAUAAACAAAUUUAUUAGUUG